CUCUAUUCUUGCAUCCUGGGAAACUUUUUUCAAACAUCACACACUCACGGUCUAAUAAUAAUGGCGCAAUUUCGAAUCGACGGCUUCGCGAUCGUUAUUGGAGCAGCAGGCGGCAUUGGACGAGAGGUUGUCUUAACGUUUGCUGAAGCUGGCGCGAAGGGUAUCUUGCUAGCCGAUAUCAACUCUGGGGGCAUCGCUCAGGUCGCGGAUCAAAGCAAGUCUUUGGCAUCAAACCCCAACUAUCGGUGUAUUACAGCCGUAGUCGAUGUCACAGAUGUUGCGUCUGUAGACGCCCUAGUCAAUCUUGCCAAGACUGAAUUCGGCAGAGUUGACUACUGCAUUAACGCAUUCGGGGUCGACGUUGCUUCCUACGUUCCAUUUGACGAGACGGACCCCGACGACUAUGAUAGAGUCCUCGGAAUCAAUACAAAGGGCGUGUUCCUUGUUACGCGUGCUGUGGGGAAAAUCAUGCAGUCGCAGGAACCUGUCUCCGUUGAUUUGGGAAGACAUGGACGUCGAGAUGUCGGCCGUGGAUCUAUUGUUAAUGUUUCUUCAGCUAUGGCAAUUGCUGCCGUACCCGCGAAAGCCCCUUACACUACGUCCAAGCACGCAGUUACGGGUAUCACAAAGGCUGCAGCAAUGGAUUUCAAAUCUGCGGGCAUCAGGAUUAACCAAGUAUGUCCCAUAUGGGUCAAGACGCCGAUGUUCGAAGAAGAAUGCCGGAGAGUCCCGCAGACGCCACAGAUACUCGAGAAACUAUCCUCCCUCAAGCGACCCAUCGAGCCAGAUGAAGUCGCCUCAGCCUGCUUGUACCUUUGUAGCCCUACCACUGUUUAUCUAAACGGGAUUACCUUAACGAUGGAUUCAGGGCUCACUGCAGGACCAGUGAUUGGUUAAAGGUAUCAUUUAGAUCACCAGAACCGUUCACAGAAGAGAGAGGGAAAGAGAGGAAUUAUUGAUUGGUAUCAUUCGUUAUGAGGUUGAUGUCGCUGCAGUCUAUAAGUAUGGUACGCAGGUACGUACCUCAUUAGGUGCUUAUAUUCACGAUUUAGCUACAAUAAAUCACCCUUAUUUAAAAGCCAAUAUCAGAUUGCCCCCUUUUCUGUAGAAAGUUCGAUAACGACGCACAAGCACCACCCCACGAGAUUGUGGAAACAUGAAAUCUGGUUAUUACAAAGCUAUGAAGGUCGCACAAAGAAUAUCGGGUACUAUAUUUUUGUAGUUAUUAAGAAG